UCUCUCUGUGCAAGCCGCCUCAUAACUCUGCACUCGGUUUCAGACUCGCAAGAGAGGGACAGAGAGCUGAAAAAAGCGUGGGCUUUUGAGAGAGAGAGAAAGGAGCCUGAGCCUAGCUCAAAGAUGUAGACUACUGGUUGGGCAGCUAAAUAAAGAAAGAGAGCUUAUAGAUACAGAGGGGGAACUUAAUCUGCACGCCAAUACAGAGGGGAAAGCAACAGUCCAACUCUGCAAAUGGCAAGUUAGGGUUUUCCAAACUCGUAUUCUCUCCAUCGCUUCACUGAGUUCCACGCUGCCUUUGAUUGUCCUUCCACUCUCACUGGAAAAGAAAGUUUGUAAUUCGCUGCAGAAAUGUUGGAAUACGAAUGGGGAAACCCGUCAACGAUGAUGCUCAACGGAGACGAACCAACCCCAGACCCAGACCAGAACCGCCAGAUUUUCGAUCAUUACACCGCUCAAUCCUUCAACGAUAACCUCGUUCCCCAACCCACUACAACCUUAUUUCACCACCCAACUACACAUCAAGUCAACUCCCUUUAUGACCCACGCGCCUACACCGGCGCCUCCUACACAACUACCCAUCCUUCUCUGCUCUCCCUAGACCCCAUCUCCAACCCUGUCGGAGCUGGUCCUUCAUAUUUCAUUGUUCCAAAGAACGAGGAGAUUUCUCGACCCGCAGAUUAUAUGGCGAGGAUUGGGCUGAAUUUGGGCGGUCGGACCUACUUCUCUUCAGCGGAAGAUGAUUUCGUGAACCGCCUUUAUCGCCGGUCCAGACCAUUAGAGGCCGGUUCGUCAAACGCACCCAGGUGCCAGGCUGAGGGGUGCAAUGCCGAUCUGACGCAUGCCAAGCACUACCAUAGGCGCCACAAGGUCUGUGAAUUUCACUCCAAAGCGUCUACAGUCAUAGCGGCCGGGUUGACUCAGCGAUUCUGCCAGCAGUGCAGCAGAUUCCAUCUUCUUUCAGAAUUCGAUAAUGGAAAGCGCAGUUGCAGAAAGAGAUUGGCGGAUCACAAUCGCCGCAGGCGAAAAUCACACCAGAUUAAUCAAGAAACUCACAAGUCACAACCGGAAACUGCCCGCAAUUCUUCUUCUGAGAAUCUCACAAGGUCUCCACCGGAUUCUGGAGUUCAUAAUUCGUCGUCCUCGGUGACUGUGGCAGUAUCCCCGCCUCGAAUGUUUUUGGAUUGUUUCAAGCAAAGACCAUAUCAAGCUACUGCAUCUUCUUCCUCUGCAUCAUCAAGCUCACUGUUUUUCUCAAGUGCGUAGUAGUGCCACUGAAAUUCAAGAGAGGCGCAUUUAGCAGUAACAUAGUGUUUACGUCUAAUUUUCAUUUUCAUUUUCAUUUUCUUUUCUCUUUCCCUUUUCUCCCCUCAUAUUUCAAUGUUCACCCAUGAAUUGGUGUUGCUUUAUAACAUCAUAUGGAGUAUUAUCAACUAAUAUAUAAAUGUUUAAUUAUAUGUA